GAACAAACAAACAAGCCUGUCCAGUUACAAACUUGCUCGGAGGAAGAAGACGGUUGUGGUGGUGGUGGUGGUGGUGGGCGUGGAAGCGGAAGAGAACGACGGAGGUAGAAUUUUCAGGCGGAGGUCCGAGCCGGAGAAUAUGGAGUAUGAAUUGGAAGAGACUGAGCUUUGUUCCGACGGAGUUGAGCUCCGCCGUGGAUUGCGCAUGCACGGUUGGGAGAUCGUUUCUCUCAAGCGUCCCAUUCUCGAAUCUCUCCACCUCCAACAGUGGGAACAUAAGCUUCAGUCAUCCCACUUGCCAGAGAUGGUUUUUGGGGACAGUUCUUUGGUUCUUAAACAUGUGAAUAGCGGCACAAAGAUUUAUUUUAAUGCAUUUGACGCCCUAACUGGCUGGAAGCAGGAAGCAUUGCCACCAGUCCAAGUUCCUGCAGCAGCAAAUUGGAAAUUCAGAAGCAAGUCCUUCCAGCUGGUGAUGCUGGAUUAUGACUAUACCUUCACAACACCUUAUUGUGGAAGUGAAACUGUUGAGAUAAAUGCAAAGCUAGGAAGAGAAGCAACCUCCAAAGAGGGAAACUGCAGUCUUCAUUGGGAGGAAUGCAAGGAGGAACUUGAUAUGGUUGCACUGGCACCAAUAGAGUCUAUUCUCUUCUACGAUGAGGUAACUUUGUAUGAAGAUGAAUUGGCCGAUAAUGGUGUUUCACUCUUAACUGUAAAAGUGAGAGUAAUGCCAAGUUCUUGGUAUCUUCUCUUGCGUUUCUGGCUUAGAGUUGACGGAGUGCUUAUGAGAUUAAGGGAUAUGCGUAUGCAUUGCAUUUUUGCGAAGAGUACAAACCCCAUCAUUCUUCGAGAGAUCUGUUGGAGAGAAGCUACAUUUCAAGAAUUGUCCGCAAAAGGUUAUCCUUCAGAUUCUGUGGCAUAUAUCGAUCCAUGCAUCAUCAGCGAGAGGCUUCCAGUCAUCAUGCAUAAGACCCAAAAGCUCAAAAUCCCUGGAAGCAGAAGCGAGCGUUGGCACGGAAUUGGGAUGUGACUAGAAUGCAAUAGAGAAACAAAAUGAGAACAACACCACACACAUUGGCAGUGUUUGUAAUAAUUAUCUGGGAAUAGACUAUAUGAGCUAGGAACUCAGAAGCAUUAUGAAUUUGAGAAAGUGAGAACAUGCCAUGCCAUAUAAUUUACUUUUACAUAUGGUAAUAUCUUGUAAUUGCUAAGUAGGACAGAAUCAACAUACACAUACUGUAAUAUAUUUUUUUCUUACACCCCUUGUAAAUUUGUGCGACUAAAAUCUGGCAAAACUCACUGCUGGAUUUCAUACUCCUUUAACAACCUUUGAGCUUGCCAAAUUUCUAGCCAGUCAAAAGAAAUCAAGAGCUAUUUCAUCGAUAGAUAUCCAAUGGUACAGAAAGUAAUUAAAUGGUGCAAAACUAAACUUUCUUGCAUGUCUAUGCUAUGUUGAGACAUAUGCAGUUUCCUGCACCUAGAAAU